CCAUGCUAAAACCUCGGAGAGCAAGGAAUCUGAUGGAUGGUGUCUUGAGUUUACCUCGCAUCAAGAAAUGGCCGAGUAUGUCAGUACCAAGAGUAACUUCCCGGUCAUAUUCGCCGCCCGAACUCAAGGAGCUUCAGUGGAAGAAGCGAUAGCAUCUGACAUAGGUCCAAAGUCUAAGCUGAAUCUACCAAAGCCAAAGCAAGCUGCAGACAUUGUAAAAUCUAAAUUGUCUUCUGCCCUCCGCUCCCAACUCGGUGAGAGUUUGUAAUGUCGUUGUAGACUCCAUUACAAACAUAAUACAACCACAAUAGCCUUAUAUCAAUUCACAUGUCUUUUCACUUCAAUCAUCGCUCACUAUACUAACUCCUUAGGGAAUCUAGACUGAUCUAGAUUUAUGACCUUUUGGAGUUAGGUGAGCUCAAUCAUUUCUGCAUUUAUUCUAUUUCAUUAUUAUAACUUGUACCCGUUUCUGAGGGAAUCUAGACUGAUCUAGAUUUAUGACCUUUUGGAGUUAGAAUAAAAACAGUCACUUUGGUUCUAGAAAUCAGUCCGAGAUCUCUUAAAUUAGAUCUCAGUUCCCUCAGCCCGAAGCUUCGAUAAAAGAUCAAUUCACUUUAGUGGGGACAAUCCAAGUCCUUACACUUUUUUUUUCUCGAAC